AUGGCUACUAAUAUCACUUGGCAUCCAAAUUUGACUCACCCUGAACGUGCCCAAUUAAGAAAACAACAAGGGGUUACUGUUUGGUUAACUGGUUUAUCAGCUUCUGGUAAAUCUACCAUUGCUUGUGCUUUAGAACAAUCUAUUUUAGCUAGAGGUUUGAAUUCAUAUAGAUUAGAUGGUGAUAACAUUAGAUUUGGUUUAAAUAAAGAUUUGGGUUUCAGUGAAAGUGAUAGAAAUGAAAAUAUUAGAAGAAUUUCUGAAGUUGCUAAAUUAUUUAGUGAUUCAUGUUGUGUUACUUUAACUUCUUUUAUUAGUCCAUAUAAAGCUGACAGACAAUUAGCCAGAGAAUUACAUGAAAAGGAUAACUUACCAUUUGUUGAAGUUUACAUUGAUGUUCCAAUUGAAGUUGCUGAAGAAAGAGAUCCAAAAGGUUUAUAUAAAAAGGCUAGAGAAGGUAUCAUUAAAGAAUUUACUGGUAUCAGUGCUCCAUACGAAGCCCCAGAAAAUCCAGAAGUUCAUGUCAAAAACUAUUCUGGUCUUUCAGUUGAAGAAGCUGCUGAACAAAUUAUAGAUUAUCUUUUAGAAAAAGGUUACAUUAACUAA